GGGGAUGCAUGAUUUUCAACUGUCAGCAGUCAGCAGCCGAUCAAUAGGUUACCGACCGUCGUCAACAUCGGUAUUAAGUUUCUUUAAGAUUUAUUGAAAUGGCCGAGCUGUUACUUGACCCGGAUAUACGAGUGUGGGUGUUUUUACCCAUUGUCGUUAUAACAUUUCUCGUGGGUAUAGUGCGUCACUAUGUUUCCAUAUUGCUCGCUACUCAAAAGCGGGCUGAGCUCCAGCAACUUCAAGAUUCGCAGGUUAUGAUCCGGGCUCGGUUGCUGCGAGAAAAUGGACAUUAUCUACCUCGUUCGUCCUUUGUAAUGCGUCGCCAUUUUUUCAACAAUGAAGAAACUGGUUAUUUCAAAACUCAGAAAAGACAAGCUGUAUCUCAAAACCCAAUGACUGAUCCAAGUAUGAUGACAGAGAUGUUAAAGGGAAAUAUUACUACAGUUUUACCCAUGAUUGUUAUUGGUGGAUGGAUCAACUGGACAUUCUCAGGCUUUGUUACCACAAAAGUACCAUUCCCCCUUACUUUAAGAUUUAAACCUAUGUUGCAAAGAGGAAUUGAGCUUGUAUCUCUAGAUGCUGCUUGGGUUUCCUCUGCUAGUUGGUACUUUCUCAAUGUUUUUGGUUUAAGAAGUAUUUAUACUUUAGUCUUAGGUGAGAAUAAUGCUGCUGAUCAGUCUCAACAUCUCCAGGAUCAAAUGUCAGGUGCAGCAAUGGCUAUGCCGCCUGAUCCAAAAGUUGCAUUUAAAGCAGAAUGGGAAGCUCUUGAAAUUUGUGAACACCGGUGGGCAUUAGAAAAUGUAGAAAGUAUUCUUUUAGGUACGCAAAAUCCUGCUCUUGAGCAGCCCGUCAGCUGAUGAGUUGGUAUUUAGAGGUAUAAUGUUUCAUGUUGACUCUUGCUGUUGUCAGUGGGAAAAGGGGUCGUUCCAAAAAAAUUUGUGCAUUGUUUGCACCCUGUUAUCCUUUAAAUUAUUUUAUGAGUUGUAGGAGGUUCCAUCCUCCUUCCAAAUCAGUAUGGCUUUUGUGUGUUUUGUGCCUUAUUUAUAUUAAAUUUCAUUUAUGUAUGCUUUAGCCACAAGUACUACAUAUUAUUUGGUUUCUUUUGAACUCUGUUUAAACUUGAGUGAUCUGUUAAAUUACUGCUGAGACUUUUCAUGUAAAAUUGUUGCAUAAUCUCUGUACACUUUAUAUCUUUAUGUUACCUUAUAGCAUAAUUAAACAGACGAAAUAUACUAUUGAUUGGAGUUACUGUA